UGCCUUCCCGUCCCUUCCUUCCCCGGUCUGGCAGGCGGGCCGCGGCGACUGCAGACGGCGGACUGGCGGAUCGGCGGACUGGCGGGCGCCUCCACUUCGCUCUCUCCCUCACUGCCGGCUUCCUUUUGUCUUUCUGGGAGGAGAUGAGCGCAGGGCCGGCGCGGCGGCUGCGGGCGCACGGAGGCCCGCGCUCCUAGGCACCCUUUCCGGCCUCGGCGCGCUCGCCCCUCGUAGCGGCCCGCGCCCGCCCCAGCGCCGGUGGCUCGGAACUUGGGCUCGGGGAGCCGGCGGAUCGCGCGUCCUGCGACGGAGCAGGGCAUGGUCUAGCAGCCCGGGCCAGGACGUGGAACCGGCCUCUGAGGUUCUGAUCCCUGCUCCCUCUCCGCCUCCACUUGGCCUUGGGUGUCGACGCCGGCCGCCAUGGGUAAGCAGAACAGCAAGCUGCGGCCCGAGGUGCUGCAGGACCUGCGGGAGAACACGGAGUUCACGGACCACGAGCUGCAGGAGUGGUACAAGGGCUUCCUCAAGGACUGCCCCACCGGCCACCUGACCGUGGACGAGUUCAAGAAGAUCUACGCCAACUUCUUCCCCUACGGCGACGCUUCCAAGUUCGCAGAGCACGUCUUCCGCACCUUCGACACCAACGGCGACGGCACCAUCGACUUCCGGGAGUUCAUCAUCGCGCUGAGUGUGACCUCGCGGGGCAAGCUGGAGCAGAAGCUCAAGUGGGCCUUCAGCAUGUACGACCUGGACGGCAACGGCUACAUCAGCCGCAGCGAGAUGCUGGAGAUCGUGCAGGCUAUAUACAAAAUGGUGUCCUCCGUGAUGAAGAUGCCCGAGGAUGAGUCCACGCCGGAGAAACGGACGGACAAGAUCUUCAGGCAGAUGGACACCAACAAUGACGGCAAAUUGUCCCUGGAAGAAUUCAUUAAAGGUGCCAAGAGCGACCCAUCCAUCGUCCGGUUGUUACAGUGUGACCCCAGCAGCGCCAGUCAGUUCUAAGGGGUCGGCGUCUGGACAGUGCAGAGAAACACAGGCUUGUCUUGCCGGUUAAGCUUUGCUUGCAAAAGUGGAUGCCUCUUCAAUCACUCCUGCUCUCCCGGGGCGGCCAGGCAACACGCAUCUGGCGCAUCUGCUGGCUUGGUGGCCACGCCUCCCUCCUCACCUGGCCUCCUCCCGCCCCCUCCCCAGUCCCUCCAGGGCGAAUUCCCUGGCAUGUGGUUACUCCCAGGGCUCACGGUGUCCUCGCUUCUGGGGCACCUCCCUGCCCGCAGGGAGCCCAGAGGACACCCCAAGGAUCCCGGCGGGACUUUCUAAGAUCGCGCCAAGGCCAGAUGAUUGAUUUUGUGAUCGCAGGUGACUCUGUGGGAAAAAUGGGGACAAGAACAGAGGGAGAGAAGAUGGGCAAGCCCUCCCCGUGCAUGGCUCCACCCAGCUCGUUCAUUUUCUCUGACCAAAGCCGCUUGCACGUAUAUAUACUGUGGUCUCCUUUUAAUAUAUAAGUUAUACGUAUGGUGAAGUGAAGUGUAAUGUGUAGGUCCUGUAUUUAAUGCCUCGAUUGCCUUUGAAGCGUGGUUCCCUCGUGGCCUGUGCUCUCCCCGAGCCUGGUUAUUUUGUGGUAUUUAUGCCCUCAACCUGCCCUUUUCAAAAGGACGUGCAUGCGUGCCCAGGGCCGUGGAGACCCUCCCGUCUGUCCGCGUAGUGAGCGCAGCAUCUCUAUAAGGUUUGCCCUCCCUGUUGAUUGGUCUGGCAUUUCCUGUAUUAAAAUGAUCAAAUAAA